AUGAGAAAUGACGUCAGGAUUCUUCUUGUUGGAGAAAGUGGAGUUGGAAAGACUUCUGUCAUCCUUUCAUUGAUCAGUGAGGAGUUCCCAGAAAACGUGCCAGCAAAAGCUGAAGAAAUAACAAUACCGGCUGAUAUAACACCUGAAAGAGUUCCAACACAAAUUGUUGACUAUUCCGCUCAAGAGCAAACAAAUAGUGAACUUGUUGAAGAAAUAGAAAAGGCAGAUGUUGUGUGCAUUGUUUACUCAGUUGAAAAUGUCGACUCUAUCCAAAAAAUUCCAGCAUUUUGGAUACCAUUAAUUCAUUCAUUGUCAAAAAAUGUCAAUAAACCUAUUGUUCUCGUUGGCAAUAAAACAGACCUACUCGAAAUCAGCAGCAUGGAGCUGAUAAUGCCUGUGAUGAACAUGUACGCUGAAAUAGAGACAUGCGUGGAGUGCUCAGCAAAAACUCUCAAGAAUAUAAGCGAGGUGUUUUACUACGCCCAGAAGGCAGUGCUCCACCCCACCGCUCCUCUCUACCUGCUGGACGAGAAACAACUUUCUCUCAAAUGCAAAUCUGCACUUACUAGAAUUUUCAGGAUCUGUGACCAAGAUAACGAUGGAUUGUUGAAUGAUAACGAAAUUUAUCAGUUCCAACGGCGGUGCUUCAACGUUCCACUGCAACCUCAAGCGCUGGAGGACGUUAAGUCGGUUGUGAGGCGACACAUCGACGACGGCGUCGUUCGGGAGGCCCUCACACUCAAAGCAGGUUUCUUGUUUCUGCACACAUUGUUCAUUCAGAGGGGUCGGCACGAAACAACGUGGACCGUCCUCCGGAAGUUCGGCUUUGAUGAUAACCUUAACUUGCCUGAAGAACUUUUCAAAUUCGGAUUAAGAAACCACCCAGGAUCGACAGUAGAGUUGUCAUACCUCGGGUAUCAGUUCCUCUCGGAUUUGUUUGACAAGUUCGAUGAUGACUGUGAUGGCUGCCUGUCUCCCACUGAGUUGACGAAUCUAUCGAACUUGUGCAAUCACGACAUGUGGAGUUCAGACUUCAGCAAUAUCGUCUGCACGAAUUCGCAUGGAUGGAUCACCCAGCAGGGCUUUCUAGCUUUUUGGACAUUAACUACAUACAUUGACGUUACAAAGACCAUGGAAUUCCUGGCGUCAACGGGCUACACGUACGAGCAUGACAAUCUGGCAUCUGCUAUCCAAAUAACUAGAGAUAAGAGGAUCGAUAUAGAAAAGAAGCAUUCGACUAGAAUUGUCUACAAGUGUGUCGUCUUGGGUUCCAAAGGAUGUGGAAAGUCGACGUUUUUACAAGGACUUCUCAACAGGAACCUACAUUACGUGAAGACUCUCGACUACAGAUAUCUGCCUGACACAACCGUUAAUCUGGUUUCUGUUUGCGGUCAAGAAAAAUAUCUAGUUUUGAAUGAAUUGGACGAGAACAACGUGCAGAGCAAUCUUACAUCUGACAUCAUUUGCCUGUUGUACGAUGUUUCAAACCCGUCAUCUUUCGAAUUCUGUGCUAACUGCUAUCUUCAAUACCUAUCGACCAGUUGGCUGCCAGUUUGUGUCAUAGGAUGCAAAACUGAGAAUAAAGUGGUCAUUCAAGACUUUGUCAUGCAACCUAAAGAAUUUUGUACAAAAUAUAAUCUUACUGGACCUAUUUUAAUAUCCUGUUUAGAAAAAAUAAAUAGGGAUGUCUAUGUUCAGCUAACAACGCUGGCGGCCUAUCCGUGA